GAGCAAUACUUUGCCUUGGACUCUGAUGUACUUUUAGAUGCUAUUUGGAACCCUAACGCAGGGUCCAUUUUGCCCAGUAGAGGUGGUAUCUUUAAUUCAACUAUAACAGUGUUGAUUACCCUGACUAUUGUGAAUGAGCCUAGAUAUUUGGGACCUAGUUUCUUACUAGGUUUUUGUAAUUUUAAAUAUUUAGUGGAUAGGUAUACCUGAUCCCCAACCUGGAAUGGUUUAUGGUCUGCCCUCCUCUUGUCAGCCUGUUUUUUAUAUUCUUUGCCUCCCCAAAGCAUUCAUUCAGGAUCUCCAUGGUAUUACUUCCAGGGCCAGUGAAGUAGUUCCAGUCCCCCUCUUCAUCCUCAGUCCAAUGUGUCUCUUUCCAUCCCUGCAUUGGCGCUCCAACCCAAGGGGGUGUUGGUAACCUAGGUCAUCCAGUCCCAGUCAAUGCAGAAGUAUGCCACCACUCCCCAGAUGCUGUGGACCCGUUCCCAUUCCAGGAGCCCCUUUGCCUUCCUUCCAUAAGACCAUUAGUCUGAUGCUGACAUUCCUUGGGCCUCAUGAUGGGUUGAGCAGCAAUCCUCCCAGGUCUCCACAAGAUCCUCUUUCUCUUUGGCCACAACUUCCGUCUCCAAGCCCUCCUUUGAUGUUCCAUCCAUCUGAUAAUACAGCAAAAUGACUCUAAAGCUGUCCAAAAAGCAUGUACUAAAUGUAGGAAGGAGCUCUGACUUUCUCUCAGCUUGUCUAGGUCUGCCUCGUGCGUGAUGAACAAAAAGCCAGGAUUCAGUAACAACAACAAAGAGCUUUCUUUAAUCCAGUAACAAGGCAGAGCCUAAGAACACAGCAAGUACUUGAAGCAGUUUAAAGUCAGCGCUGGGAGCCUCUGCCUACCAGCACUUUUUAUUUCAUCACAGUCCAUACCCUAACCCUUAGUCACCAUCCAAUACUCCCAACUCCCUCCCCCUCUCAGCUGUGUGGAGUGCUUUUGGCUGUACCUUCCAGCCAAUGGGACGUCAUCAGUGUGCAGACGGCCAUUGGAGGCUUUGUGAAGUUCUGUAGCUGCUAACCUCACUCUGCAGUUAGCCUUCUUUGCCGGUAGGUAAUUUGACAUCGGCAUUACCAAUUGCUGUCUCUCCCCCACCGGAGAAUGUCUAGCCUCAACUUUGGGCUCAAAACAGCUGUUCCAGUCCUGUGGUUGAUCCCUGGUUUGCUGCUCCUGCCUUUUGUUGUUUUCUCUGCCAGCUCCCUUUUGUCCUUCGGUGCUCCGGUCUUUUCAACUUUGUCCUUGCUCUAUUCAGCUCUCUUAGCCUGCUGUGCAGCUUUCCAGACAGUUCAGCUCUGCUGUUUGGUCUGCUCCAGUCAGCUCCACCUUCAUUUUCCCCGUUGCUCUCUGAGGUGCUUUCAGGCUCUGCUCACCACUGCCCUGUGCUGCUGCUGGCUCUCCUCCCUGCUGUGUUGCUGCUGCUUUUUGCUCUGGAGCCACGUGGUUUCCUUUUGCUGUGUCUCAUGCUGGGGAUGCUGCUUCCACAAGCAAACAGGAUUGCCUGGAUGGUCCCCAGCAAGCUCGACUCUCUUCUCUUCCCUUCUUCCAUGCUCUACUCACUCCCCGGCUUACCUUUUGUUCUCUGCUGGUCGCUAUCCUGCACUGGAUUGGCUGGCCUCUCUGACCCACAGCUGUUUUCCCUCCCUGCUUUGCAGCUUGCUCCACUUGCUGUUCUCCACUGGUUGACUUUGCUGCCUGCAGUCGGUUUGCCUCUACUCACCUCACAUUGAUGGGCCUUCGGUCUCUUGGAAAAAAAUGAGUGGAGGAUUAGCACCAAGCAAAAGCACAGUUUAUGUAUCUAAUUUGCCCUUUUCAUUGACAAACAAUGAUUUGUACAGAAUUUUUUCAAAAUAUGGGAAAGUAGUUAAAGUUACAAUUAUGAAAGACAAAGACACACGAAGAAGUAAAGGAGUUGCAUUUAUUUUGUUCUUGGAUAAAGAGUCGGCACAGAACUGUUCUCGGGCACUUAAUAAUAAACUGCUAUUUGGAAGAGUAAUAAAAGCAAGUAUUGCUAUUGAUAAUGGAAGAGCUGCAGAAUUCAUCCGAAGGAAAAAUUACUAUGACAAGUCAAAAUGCUAUGAAUGUGGAGAAACAGGACAUUUAAGUUAUGCAUGUCCGAAAAACAUGCUAGGAGAGCGUGAGCCUCCCAAAAAGAAAGACAAAAAGAAAAGAAAGAAAGUAAUUGAACCAGAAGAAGAAAUAGAAGAAGAAGAAGAAAGUGAAGAUGAGGGUGAAGACCCUGCUCUUGAUAGUCUCAGUCAAGCUAUAGCUUUCCAGCAAGCCAAAAUUGAAGAAGAACAGCAAAGUUCAACUCAAAAUGCUGGUGAGCCCUCCACAUCUGAUUCAAGACGACCACGCAUCAAAAAAAGUGCAUAUUUUAGUGAUGAGGAAGAACUUAGUGACUGAUAUAAAUACUAUGUAAAUAUACUUUAUGAAAUAAGAUUACUGUUGUAACCAUGAUCUCAUUCUUGUAAUUCAAAUAUAACCUUUUUUGUAUUUUGUAUUUUUUUCCUUUUAAAACAAACAUUUCAUCAUUCAUUAA